AUGGUUGAACUACUAAACAGAAAAGCCUUAGCUAAAGUGUCACCAAACUCAGGAUAAAUAAAAUGACAUUCGGCUAGAGAAAUUAGCUUAUUAAUUUUCUUUCCCUCAUGAAAUUUAUUUUAUUUAUAGGUUUUGUUUUCCUAGAGAAUUUCUCCACACAACAUCACUUUUGACUUAGGUGCAUAUAUGGCUAGAGAAACUGCUCCAAGGUCAAGAAGAGGUUUAAAGUUUCCCUUAUGCAGAAUACGCCAGUAGUGAGUGCAGGUAAGGCAGCUAAUUCGGCUGAUGCAUAGGCUAUUUUUGUCGGGACUGAAAAUCAUUAGCUAGACCAAAAGGACAUUUUAGCUCUAAGACUAGUCGGAGACUUCAAAUAUUAAUCUAAUUUUAAUCUUCACCAAACUCAGAAGUCCCUGUUCUCGAGUCACAAGAAGAAGGCGAUACUAUGGACGGAGUCCCUCUUAUGGACCCGCAAAACCAAUGAGCGGGACAAUUAAGCCAAAAAGCAAUAGCAACAGGUCUUAAUAACUACCGCCAGCAAUGAAUCCGACGUACCUUUAGAUUAAUGUGCCUAUCUACCUGACUCUUUAUUAUAGGCCUUGCUUUCUAUCUUUAUGUAUAUCUUACAUAUUUAAACAAAACAGUCCUUCUAUCAGGCGAUUCUUUAACUGUGUAUGUAAGGGACUGCAAAGUUACAAUAGAGUAUUCCAGUGGCUUUGCUGAUAUUCUUUUAUAGCUAUUUUUUAUUAAUUUGUCUCCUUUUUAUCCAUUAAAAUUCGUUUUCCAUUAAUUUAUAAGCUAAAUAUAGCUUCAAAUUCCUAUCCUUAAAAAUAAAAAAGCUAUUUUUCUAUAAUACUAUUCAAGCACAUAUAAAAGCAUAUAACUCAAAUGAUACAGUUACCCACACACAUGAUACUAUCCAAGUCUUAAACCCAUUUACCGAUGUAGAAGCUUGCCAAGUCCACGUCAAAGGAAACAUGGCAUCAAGCGCCAUGCUUUUUGUAUGCCAGCACAACUGCUGAAUUGAACAAAAAGGCGACAAUCUUGCUAUGCAAAGUCUUCAAGUCGCCUCAAUCGCUGACGAUUCUGGAUUUAUUGAACAAGGAAGACUUAAGCUAAAAUCCAUUUCUGCAGACAAAAUUUUGGUAGAAUUUGUAGGGACAGUAACUAUAAGAGAGCUAGAAACUACUGAAGGAGGCGCUUUUAAUGUAACUUAUGGAGACUUGUGAGUCCAAACCAAAAAUGAUGCCUCAGUGGCUUUUGCGACUUAUGAGUCUGGAGCAUAUUGUUUUGCAAGCACAGCGGUAGGGACCUCAGUUGCAGCUGUUUGCGAUUGGUCUACUUUAUAUGUGACUAAUACUACUUCUUUUAGUGUAGAAAAUUGUGUUGGAAAAUACAAUCUUUGCAAAAACUCAGGGUGCUACCCAAGUAUAGAAUACUCAGCUAUUGUUACUGAUGGAGGCGUUUAUUUUAAUUUAGUAGGGGAAGAUGGGUAUUUAAUAGAUACUCCACAAAGUGUAAACGGUGGGCAAACGCUUCAAGUGAAUAUAAGAAGCCAGAUUACUAUAGACGAAAUUGUUAAUAGUACAUUUGGGCUUGAUGUUAAUAAAGAUAAAAUUAUCAUUAUGGAUCAGCCUGGGAUUUUUGAAGACCAUGGCAGAUGAAUGUUUACUACUGUAGCAUGUCUUUUGGUCGUGCAGGCUUUUUCGACCAUUUCGUCUUAAAUCAGAAAUUUACUUGGCAAAAAUCAGUGUCUUUAGACAAUUCUUAACCAAAAAUUUUCGACAAAUAGUGCUGAGAAAAUGCCUACAAGGGAGAAUGCCUAUAAAAAAAUUAUUAUUUGUUUACUACAAAUAUCGCAUAUGCCCAACUGACUGCAUGGUGGCUAUCAUUGAUAUCAUUUAAUUUAUUAGUCCCUGAAACUAAAAACUUCAAUAUAAGAAUAGUUCCAAACAUAUGCCCAAUGCAAGAUAAGACUUGGCAUGACACCCAAGUAGGCUUAACAUGGGACGCUAUCAAUACACAAUAUGGCAACCAGGAAAAUGCAGAAACCAUAUGAAUGGAAAAAAGUGAUUCCAAAGACACAUGGUAUAAAUAUAAAAAAGGCACUGAUUUACAGUAUAAAAAAUCUACAAUCAAAAUUUUGGAUAAUCCUUUUCUGUUUUCCGCUCUAAUGAUAUCAUUAUUUUUAGGGUUUUCUGCAGGAUUGGCAGCUAUGGUAGGCAUUUAUUUCUGCUUGAGAUCAUUUUCAGUCAAGUUUUGGAAAAAAUUAGAACACCAGCGCAGGUAUAAUCGAUGCAAAAAAACAGUUGAGGAAAUGAAAAAUGAAAAUAUGACAGUUAUGGAAGAAAAUGAUAAUGAAAAUGAUGACGAAAACGAUGAAAAUGACGAUAACGAAGAAGAGCAAGAAGAAGGAGAAGAAGAGUCAGAUGAGCCUACUCCAGGUGAAGGCUUAUUGCCGCCUCCUUAUGCAGUUCCUGAUUUAGUGAUUGCUCAAAGCAGAAAUUCAAGCCUGAACUCUUUAGAAAGUUUCCUUAAAAACGCUGUAGAUAUGGUCCUCCCUAACGCAGAAGUUCCAAUGCAAGUUAUUCGUCUAACAGAAAUCAAAGAAAAUAUGAUUAGAUUAGAUUAAUUAAUUUCUAGCGGGUCAUGGAGGUUUAUUUCAGCCUCUACCCAGCGCUGCCAGCUUCAGGCUUGCGCCCUAAGCACCGGCUCUGUAGCUCACUCCAUUUUCUGUCGACGUCACCAAAAAAUGGUGACGUCGCCAUCUGACAGGGAGACUCACCCAGGUACUCCAAUGAUCAGGGUCUAGUGACCCGGCGCCGUCCUUUCUGGGGAGGGGGAAAAGUAGCCUUCCGGAGUCUUCUUCAGGUCCCCAAGCUCCACUACAAGCUUCCUCACUUCCUUCUAGUCCUGAAGUGUGACUCCUGAUUCUGCGGCUCUGGUCUUCUCGUCUUUAAGAGAGGUAAAAAACCUUGUCGUGGUGUCCCGACCAAGGUAAAAAACCCACCCUGGCCACAAUAUCCAGGCCCCGUUUACUUCUUAAAACCCGUAAUCCCUGAGGGUACAGGAGAAGGACGGGUCGGAUGGAUCGCCAUUUUAAUUGUGUAAGAAAAAUAUGAAGCUUUUUGUUUUCUGAAUGGUUAUCAAGAAAUGAGCAUCAAAGAGCAUAAAAGCCUUUUCCUUUCAAAAGACAUGGAAUUUUUGACAAUUAAUGAUACUACUACAGAAGUAUUCAGAAAAAUCAGGUUUAAGAACAAAAAAGAAAUAGUCGAUCAAGGGAGGGUAACUCAGAUGCCAGACGAAAAUUCAUUAGCUUUCUUUGUAAGAUGUAGGACUGUGGUUACACCUUUUAAUAAAGAUAUGAUUUAUAUGAAAGAUUUUCAGUUGGAGUACGAAAAGUUUUGCAGGGCUGAAAAAGUAGCUGCCCCUGUGCCUAUAACGAAAAGAGGUAUGGAGUCUAUGGGAAGUAUUUUUGAAAGGCUUCAAAUAACUGCUUUAAAGCUGAAUGGAAGAUUUAGGAUAAACUGGGCCAAAAUAGACGAUUUGUUAGAAAACCCAAUGGAUGUCCCAUUAACCCCUGGAUGGUGCUGCUCUGAUUUCUGUUCAGUUACUUUGCAUGUGUUUUUUGCUGCGUGGAUAAUAUUGCCUUUGGCUUUGCCUCCUUUGUUGAUUACUGCAAAGCACGCAAUGUUUUCUGCAAGAGAUAUUGAUUAUAUUCUUACAUAUACAGAUUUAAAUUAUGCUUGGUGGGAAAUCAUACACAAACUUCGAUAUAUGCCUGCCUAUUUUGCGGUUCUUUUAAUUCUGGCUUGCCUUCUUGAAUUUCUGGCUCUUUUUGAGCUGGUAACUUAUUACCUUUAUCAAAUAUUCCCAUUUAAAUCUGAAAAUGUACUCAGGAAUAUGCAUGGGGUUAGGUGGAUUUCUCAAACUCUUUAUUAUGUGGUAUUUUUAUUUUUAAUCGGCUGGAUUUGCUUUUUAUUUAUAGUUGCAAUCUGCUGAUUUAUUCUAGGUGCUGUUUUGAAUCCUGAUCUGUAUUUAUCUUAUUGCUCAGGAGCUGCAACUUUAGGCUCCAUGCCAAAUGACUGCGGAUUUUUGAUAGUGCAACGUAUACUAGGGGAAAAUUUAUUUGAAUAAUUUUUGAUAGUGAGACAUUUGACCGAAAAAACCGUUAAAUUUUGGGCAAGUGGGUACACUAUUUAAAAAUUUUCAACCAAAAGUACUUCGGUGAAAUGCAUACUAUCAAAAAUGCACUAUCAUUGGACCUGCACCCGCAACUUUAGUAUCAUUUUGCAUGGGUCAGUUAGCAAGCCUUAAUUUCUUAAGAACUGAAAUAUUUAAAAGAGUAAAAGAAGGAGUCUGGGAUCGGCUAACUCCUAUUAAUAAUCACAAAACCAUAAAUAAAUUUAUUAAAAAUAAUAAUUAAAAAUUAAGAUUUUUAUUUAAUUGUAGAGUAAGAGGAAUGUUGAUGUUAACAUUAGGAGCUGUCACCGUUGGACUUGCUGCAAGCAGUGCAAGCUCUCGUGUGAUUUCUAGAGAAAAUAAAACCUUACAAGUGUUUGCAAAAACUUCAUUAGGAGAUGUAGCAGAAAAUUUAGAGAUCGAUCACAAGCUAGCAGCUGCACUAGCACAUGGUGAUGAUGAAGCAAUACCAAUUUUAGCCCAAAAAUUCGGAGCCAAUCCUCUAAUUAUUGCAGCGAUUCUUGCAGUGGUUUUUAAAGAUAACGAAAAACUAAUGAGGGUUGUUGAAGAUCUAGCACAGGUGCCUGCUAUUAAUAUUCCUCCGGAUCUUGCCAAAAUGAUUGUAAAUAUUCUGUUCUACAUAAAUAGGUAAUAUCUAUUUAAAAAUUAUAUAAUUUUAUUAAAAUAAUAUAUCUCCCUCAAGCAAAAAGAUGCAAAUAUCAGAAGCACAGUAAAAAUGGCCACAAUACAGUUUGUGAAAAUGAAAAAAGAAAUGGGCGCUGACCCUACUAUGUACUCAAUUGACCCAAGAGCUAUUGAAGCUCUAGUCGCUAUGUCUAGAGGUUUUGUGGAUAGAUUCAUCACGACAAUUUCAAAUUCUGAUACCCACAUUUCUAUUAUCAAAAUAUUAUUCUUAAUCAAAGGACUUAUUGAGCAAAAAAUGUUUGAGGCUACAGACAACUUAACCAAUUUAUUGAUAGAGUAUUGCGAUGUCCCUGAAGAUGUCGCCAAAAGUGUAGCCAGCCUAUGUGAUGAAACUUAUAGCGCUAAAUUCCAAAAUGAUUUCAGUGGGUGGAACUCUAUGAUAGACACCCUAUGUGAUAAGCUUGGAAUACAAGAUGGCUUAUUGAUGCAGCUUAUAGUUCAUAUUACUAGAAAUAAUAUGGGAGCAAUGCUAUCUCCAGUUUUUCAAAAGGUUUUUGCUUGCUCAUGGUUUUUUUGAAAUUUUGUGUGCGGAUCAUUUAUAUUUUUCCGAAAUUCAUAAAUAAAAUUAAUUUAUAUGCAAACUAUCUAAAAUUCAAUAAACUAGUCAAGUUUUCAUUCUAGCAAUUAUAAUCAAAAACAAUUUCCAUGCUCAUAAUUUUCGCACAAAGAGGAUUUUUUCCAAUAUUAUGCUAAAUCAUAGAAGGUGGAUUAAGAAUUAUGAACAACUUAACUGAAGUCCUAAAUGGAAAGCAUAAAUGGAAUUUAGAUAGUGGGAUCAUUUCAUCAUUACUUCUAUUAGUCAAUGGAUCGCUCAUGGAUCUCGAUAAAUUUGCUGCAAAAUAUGAGCUUUCUAAUGACUUAGUCAAUAGCUUGUCUCCAUUAUUUUCUGAAAAACGAUUUACAGAAAUUCAGACUAUUAUUCCAGAAGAAAUGCUACCAGAAAGAAGAGCGUCAGUAGGCGAAGAAGAAAUAAUAGCUCGCCAAAGUGAAUCAAAUAGGCCGAUCCCUGAAAAUAUUCCACCUUUUAUUAAAGCUCUAGCUGAAAAUCUACAGCCUACAGGAGAAAGUAUGGAGUGGAUGGCAAAAUUUUUUAAGUUAACUGGAGACCAGCUGCUAGGGCUUUAUUCAAUACUAAGAGGGGCUAAUAAAAGCCAAAAAUCUGCACUUAAAGCUAUAACUCAAGAAGUCUUAAGAAGGAUGAGGGUUGAUGAAGAAUUCACUAAUUAUAUGACUGCUGCUACAAUUUGGGCUACAUCUUAUGAUGCAGACUCAAUCAGAGAAGCCCAAGCAACCUUGAAAAUGGGCUUCCGAGACCUUACAUAUGUAGCCAAACGUAUGCUAGACCCUAAAGAGCUUCCUAUAGGAAUUUUCACAAAAAUAGGUAUCAGAAGAGAUGACCCUGUAGUAAAACGAAGAAGAGCACUAAGCUGGAAAAGUGAUCCUGACCUCUGCAAAGAUUGGUGCAGGGCUACAGCUAUGAAAAUCGCAGAAGCUAAAGGCAUAAAGCGCAAGCGAAAAAAUUCCACAAGGAGCCAAUUAAUGCUUGCUUUUCAAUAUCCUCAAGUUUAUAUGAAACAAAUUUUUGAGAAAAAAAUUCAAUGCGAUGAUGAAAGCCAGCGGAAAUAUAAAACCCUUAUAACUACCUCAUUUUUAAAACAAAUGCAAGGAAAUAGGCGAAAGGACCAAAUUAUUAAUUUAGCAAGACUUUUUGAAAUGGACAGCGAAACUAUGGAAAUUUGGGUCGAAAUGGUUUUACUCCCCCCCCCCGUGAGGGGGGGUUAUUUUUUUUUAAAAAAAUUUAUAUAUAUAAAUUUUUUAUAUAAAUUUUUUUUUCGAAAUUUAAAAAAAUCUCACUUCUAUAAAUACUGGGAGAAAUAUUAAUUUAAUUUGUAAAAUUUAUGUUUUAAAAGCAAUUUGUUUAAAAUUAAACAGAAUUAGCUUAAGAUUUCAUUAUACUAAUUAUCACUUAUAUAACAAAAAUUUUUUUCCAUAAAAAAUUUUUAUUCAUUUUGUUCACUCACGGAGGGGGGUGAGUUAGAGGACAAUUUGGAAAUAAAAAUAGACUACAUGAAAAAAUGGAUACAAAAAAUUGGGUUGGAUUGUGCUGAUAAUGCAGAAAAGUUUUUAUUAGAUUAUGCAAAUCAAAAUCAGCUUUAUUUUGAAUCAACACUUGGGUUUGGAAAGCUUGCCAAAGAGCUUGGGUUUCCAUUUAACUUUACCUGCUCUCUAUCUAAUGGUAUCAUUGAUACUUUGGAAAGCUACCCAGAAUAUUUUAACCAGUUUAUAAAAGAUUUUUGUGGAGAAAUGGGAAUAGAAAAUAAAAAUAUCCAGGACUCAAUUGUGUGUUAUGUAAAUCAAGAAUCUUCAGGUCUUGAGCCGUUCGGUAAAGCUUUAGGGUUUAAACCAAAUUCAAUAUCAAUGCUGGUAUCUUUGUUUGGGAGUAUGCAAAAUGGGCUAUUGACACCUAUAAUGAUUGUAGAGAAAUUUGGAGAACUUCUUGAGUCUAUCGGAGUUAAUGAUACAAUUUAUAAUGGUGGAAAAGCUGUAUUAGCGAUAUGCUUAAAAUUAAGACAACAGUUUAAAAUCAGAAAUUUCAAGGGACUUAGUAAUAAGGCUUCGGCCUCAGAAAUAAUUGAGGAAUUAGCAGGAAUUCCUAACUCUCCUCUCUAUGAGUUUAGAAAUUAGCCUUUCUGGUAAAUUUUUUUUAUCUGAAUUAUUUCUUAUAUAAAAUUUAAUUAAUAUAAUAUUAUUGUAAAAAAAAUUCAGCAUAUUUCUUUUAAUUUAUUAUUAUAAAACAUAAUUCCUUUUAAAAUUAUAUCCCAAGAUAGAGGAGCUUGCUCUAGGGCUGGAAUAAGGUAAUUUUAGAUGGGAUGAUGUCAGCUGCAGAUACUUCAGACCGUCUUCAAGCUGACUCUUUAAUUGAAAUGUCAAGGUCUCACGUCCCCGGAUUUCGGCUUGAAGAAAGCCACUGCAGAGGAAUCAUUUCAAUGGCAUAUGGACAAGUCGCAAAUGUCGAAGACAUUUGCCAAGCUAUUAAUUUUGAUGCAGACAUCGCAGAAGUUCUAGUUACUAUAUCAGAAAAUAACGAUUUAAGCCACACUUUAUUAAAGGCAUCCUCCCAUUUUCAGAAAUUUAUGCUAAAACUCGGCUUAGACCAUGAAAAAAUGGCAGCUCUUAUAGCAUUGACAUGUGAAGAUUUAGAACACUGUGACGAAAUUGCAGAAGAUUUAGACGAAGGAAGAUCGAUUAAAUCUGAGUUUUUAAGAUGCCUUAUCGCUAUUUAUAUGUUUUUUGACCUCGAAAAUGAAUGGGACGAAGACUACAAGCCAAUGAGCAAAAUUAAAAAAUUAAAAAAAUUCCUCCCAUGGCUAUGCAAAGCUAUAGGUGUUGCAAACAGUCAAGGAGCUUUAUUAAUGCUAAGACUUGCUCAAGGAGAUGCAAGCGCCAUAGUCGGAAUCCAAAGCAAAAUGGGCUGGAACGGCACUGACCUCAGCUAUUAUGCAAGUUUAGCUUGCCUAGUAAGUCCACUUCCAUUUAAAUCUGAAUAUAAUAGCAAAGGGAAAUAUGACUGAAUGUCAUUUAAACAUCUAGAAACCAUCACAGGCAACCUUUCAGACCUAUUAAAACUCAACGAAAAAAUGCUUACCAUCUUAAUCCAAGCAGCAAGAUCUGAGUCUUCUGCUUUAAAUUGGAUCAGGAAAAAGCUUAACUUCCCUACAAUUCGAGAUGUCCAGAGAUUUAUCAGCUCUUUAAUAUAUUCUGAAGAGCCAAGUGACAGUGACGAAUAUUCUUCAGAUGAAGAAAACACCAGUAUGGCUGAUUCCAGUUCUCAAGGCUCCUCAUCUAAUUAUUCUUCCAAUGCUAGCAACUUACCAGACGAUGCUUCUGUGGACAGUCUUAAAGGAAAUCUUGUAGAAAGAGUUGACCCUCAGGUCAGAAUUCUCCAGCUAAGCCAAUUAGUGACUGCCUUAAAUUCCAGACAAAACCCUAAAGAAAAAAGCUUCACUCAAGAGACUGUAAAACUGCUGCUCAGCCUGUCUUCAGGAAGUCUAGAAAAUAUUCAUUUACUUGAAGAAAUUUUAAACUCUGUAUAUGAAAAUGAGCCGCCUAUUAGUUUUGUAUCAGCAAGAGAAAUUAUGGCAGUUUCUACAGGGAAUAUCACAGAAAUUGCAGGCUUAACUUCAAGAUAUGAAGACUUAUAUAUGCCUUCAAAAGAUGCAGAAGAAGAGGACAAGAAAGGCUCUGCAGACAGCAUGAUGAAUAUGUUUAAUUUGCUGCCAAGCUCAGUUGAGCUGCAAUUUUUAGUUAGAUUGGCAAGAGGAGACCAUAAUUGUUGGGAAAUGAAGACUGACACAGAUGCAUAUAUAGGACAAAGAGUACAUAAUGACCCACGCUUAUUGCAGGCAUUUACAGCACUGAUUUCAGAAAACCAUUAUGGGGUUAUUGAAACUAUUGACACUUUGGCAGAAUUCACUGAACUUGAUAGAGAUAUGCUGCUGUCAUUGGUGCUGAUAUCAGAAAAUGCUAUAGAGCUGCUGCCAGCUGGGAUUACUCCGCUUACACAAAGACUUGAAGUAGACUCAUUGGUAGCUGGGGCGUUUAUUCCAAGUUGCUAUAAGACCACAGAAAUGCUAGAACAAGCUUUCCAAAGCUGCUGUGAAAAAAUGUCAACACCUCCAGUUAAUGCAGCGUUAGUUGCUGCUGUUUAUAAAGGAGCAAAAGGGGAUAUUGGUGCGUGGGUACAGUUAGGGAUGUUUUAUAUGAAUUUGUAUAAAAAUACAGACCGAGAAAACUUGGACCAAGUUUUGAUCCUCACUCCCUCCUCAGUGAGUAAACAAAAAUUUUUUUGUUGGGUUUUUUUUUUUUUAAAAAAAAUUUAUAUAUAAAAUUUUAUAGAAAAAAUUUUUUUUUCGAAAUUUUAAAAAAAUUCUAAUUUGCAAAAAUUGGAAAGCAAAUAUUAAUUUUAUUUGCAAAAUUUAUUUUUAAAACGCAAUUUUGUUUAAAAUUAAACAGAAUUAGCUCGAGAUUUCAUUAUACUAAUUAUCACUUAUCUGUCAAUUUUUUUUUCAUAAAAAGUUUUUUUUUAUUAAAACAAUUUUUGUUCACCCACGGAGGGUGGAUUUUUGGGCAAAAAACAUGGAUUUUUCCAACGGUUUUGUUCACUCACCGAGGGGGGGAGUCAGAGCUUUUGAAAGCAUUUUGACUGAUAAAUACCAAACUGAGAUCAAGGAUUCUAUGUUUGUGUCCAAUAUUAUUGAAGAGCCAGAAAUUUUGCUUUCACCUGGCAAAUUUGGCCCACCAAUUCUUGAGGAUGAAGAUGGGAUAGAGCUUGUCCCUCUAGCUUCUCCAACGCCAGAAUCCAUAAACAGAUCUAAAGACGCUUUAGUGAGAUGCAUAGGAUUUCACAGAUUCCGCAGAUCCUCAAUUGUAAAAAGAAUGCUGGAAAAUGAAUUUAGGUCUUCCAGUGGACAAAUAAUGGUUGAUUUAAUAGUAGGGAUUGCCGAUAAUGAUUUAGAAAUGGCACCAAUUGUUAUGAGAAUGCUACAUGAAGACCCAUCUCGACAUGAACUGGUAAAAGCUUUUCUUUCUCUUUAUAAUGACAGCACUGAAGUACUAAACGCUACAGAAUUAAUAGAAGAUUACAUAAGCAAAAACCCUACCCAGCUUCCUCCAGGAUCUAUACAAACAAUUAUAGGUGCAAGAAAAGGGUUUUCUGCAGUCGCCGGCAAAGGUAUAGAAAAAGCUGCCAAGAAUCCUGUUUUGCUAUGGAACGAAAACUAUACCACAGGAAUUUCUAAAGUAAUUGUGUCCACCGUACAAGCCAAACUUAAUGAUAACUGGGACAGAUACGCUGACAUUAUAACAGAAUUCGCUAAAAAAAUCACUGGAAUUGACGAUAUUACUCAUGAAAAUAAAACUUUCCAAAUGAUUAUCCAAAUGCUUAUGGGAAAAAUCAAGGCUUUUAUUAAGCUUGGAGCUCAAGAAUUUGACCUUAAAAAUAAAGAUUUAAAAGAACUCUUUAUUUUAUGUGUCCCCAAAAAUCCAUGAAGCCAAGCUGGUUUCCCAUGCACAACUACAAAUUUGAAGAAAUUAAUACCAAAAAUGCCAGAAGAGGUAAUAGAAUGCUGGCUGAAAUUGAUAGGCAGAGAAGUAGAAGACUUGGAUUAUGGAAGAAAAGGAAUGGGAGAGGUGCUAUAUCCAUUUAUUAAAUUUAUUUUGGAGAGCUUACCAAAAGAAGCAAGAUUUAAAAAGAAAAAAGGGGCUUCAGAUGAGCAGCUGCCUGAAAUUAAGAUUUUUGAUGCUUUCUUUUUAGCGUGCACAGACCCUUAUAAAUAUACAAAACCUAUUGCUGACGCAAUGCCAGAUCUUGGAAGAGCUUUAAUGAAUGAAAUAAAAGAUGAUAUUAUCACACUUUUAACGGGGUUAGUGUCUCUGUUUCAGUCAGAUCGUAAUCAAGUUAUACGCCACCGUGCGAUUACUGAUCUUUCUAAUGCAUUUAUGAUAGACUACAACAUUGUCAAAGGCUUUGUAUCCUUACUCUACAGAGUUUUUGGAUUAAAUUAUAUUAAAUUUACUAUAAAAUAAUAAUUUUUCUAUAGGAGAAGCUAGCAAAAUCAGAUUGGGAAGGUCUCUCAGAUAUGGCAGGCCGAUUCUGUGAAUUCGACCCACAUAAAGUAGCCCAGCUCGUAAUGCUUGUAAAACGCUUAAAACUAAUCGGAGAUGAAGAAUACAACGAAAAAGACCAAAACGAGUAUGCAAGGCUAAAAGAAAAAUUAGACGAAGGAGGAGAUAUAGAUAACAUUUUCCAUAUGCUCGACAAAGAUGGGUCAGGCGAGCUUGAUUUUCAAGAAUUCACACAAGUUAUGAAAUUUUUUGAUCUAGAAAUGACUAACCAAAGGCUUCUGCAAAUAUUUUCGAAAUUUGACGCUGAUGGAAGUGGAAAUAUGAGCUUGCAAGAGUUUGAAGCGGCUUUUGACUACCUAAAAAGUGAGGUUUCAAGAGGGGCAAUGGAAGGCUUAGGUCUUGCGAAGAAAAAAUUAGCUUUGAUCUUUUUAGGGUCACUUAUGAUAUUGCUUUUGGUGUUUGCUUUUCUAUUUCUUGGAAUUAUUGGGUUUAUCACUGUGAGCAGGUUUGGGUCAGCUGUAAACUCUAUGCUCCCGAUGAGCUCUGGGGUUGUAAUUUCUAAGCUAAGAGGCUCAGGAGGAAAUCUGCAGACUAAAAUUGACGAAAUUGGAGGGAAAAUCACAAACUCGUUGAAUAUAAUGACAGUUGAAGAAAAUAAUGGAUAA